AUGAUUGGAUCCAGAAAGUCCAAGGAAGAGUUGUACUAUAAGAUUUCCUUGGGAGUGACAGUGCUUGUAUUUUGGGUUUGCUCAAGAUCUGUAGUUUUAUCCUUAGCUCUUACAUCUGCAUUCCUAGUUGUUUCUUAUCUUGGUAACAAGUAUGCUUUUGCAUCUAAAUCCAAGUAUGACGAAGAUUUACCAAAAUGCAUUCUCUAUAACAAAAUUCUGAGAAAAAUCUGCAACAUUCUAACAAACAGGAUUCUAGUCAAUUUUGUUUUAUCCACAGUAUAUGUAACUAUCUAUUUACUAUUGAGAUCAGACAUCAAAGGAGUAGAAGUGAUUCACAGAGGUGACUUUGAUAGUCUGGCUCCAAAGUUGGCAGAAGCCUCUAGGAGUUUAAUAGAAUCAGGAGAAGGGAAAUUUGAAACUUCAGGUGCCAAAAACUUUGAAGGAAUCAGUUUAGUCAUUCCAAUUAGAGAUGAGGAUGAGUUUAUCAGUAAGACAAUCUCCUUUACACUUGGCUUACCUAACAGAAACUUGCUUAAGGAGAUUAUAGUAAUAGAUGACUGUUCUAAGAGAGAAGUCUCUAGUUUGCUUAAUGAACAGCUUCCAAGUUCUUACUUAGAAUACAUCAAGGUUAUUAGGUUAGACAAGUGUGAAGGUUUGAUCAGGAGUCGAAUCUUGGGUGCUGAUGCAUCUAAAUCCAGUGUUAUAGUUUUCAUGGAUGGUCAUUGUAGGCCAAAAGAUGGCUGGAUUCAACCUUUAAUUGACAGGCUUAGAGAAAAACCCAAAGCUAUUGUUUGUCCAAUGAUUGAAGAUAUAGACAGAUAUACAUGGAAGGAUUUGGGUACUUUUGGACUGAAGAUGAUGUUUGAUUGGAAUUUUGAAUUUAAUUGGUAUGAAGAUUUUACAGAUACAAUUCCAAUAGCCUCAGGAGGAUUGUAUGCUAUAACUAGAGAGUGGUGGGAGGAGUCUGGAAAGUAUGAUCCAGGUAUGUUAGAGUGGGGAGGUGAGAAUAUAGAACAGUCUAUAAGGAUUUGGAGAUGUGGUGGUGAGAUUGUUGCAGAAAAGAGGAGUAAAGUGGGACACAUUUUCAAAAGAGAUCCAAAACCAAAUCCAGAGAACAAAUUAGUUUUGCAAGUCCAAAGGAAUCAAAAAAGAGCUGCUAUGGUUUGGUUAGACAAAAAGAGAUAUCAAUACUUUGAGACAGUUCAUAAUGUAGUUAAGACUUUGAAUGAGCUUCAGAGUGGGGUAGAUUUAGAACAAAGACACGAAAUCAAACAAAGACUGAAUUGUAAAUCAUUUUCUUGGUAUAUUAAUAAAUUUAGAGCCUCAUUUGAUAGGGGAGGUCUGCUCUUGGAUAAUUUUAGACAUUUUAAGCAUAGAAAAAGUGGACUUUGCUUAGCAGCUUCUUUGAAUGAGGUGGUAACCGGGACUAAUGAUAAAGCUGUUAUUUUCAAGAAAUGUAACUCUGGAGAUGAUACUCAAAAAUGGUCUGUAAUAUUUGGGAGGAGGUUAAUUUUAAAUGGAAGAAUUGGAUUUGGCUGUCUUACAAGAGGACCAAGUGAUGUAGUAGAGAACUCAAUCCUGAGAGUAGUCCCAUGUGAAUUUAAAAAGGCUUUGGAAGGUUAUAAUGAUUCCCAAUACUGGAACAUAGAUGCUAAUGAUGAAUUAUUGUUUGAUCAAGGUUAUGAAGAUUUAUCCCCAGAAGAGUCUUCCAAGCUUAGAAAUUCUCUCAGGUUAUUUAAUAGAGUGAGCAGUAUUCCAUUUAGUAAUGAUGGAAAUGAUCGAAUUUCUGUAAAUGGUGAUCACGCUUUCAAUUCUUCAAAUAGAUGCGUUACUAAUCUGAAUGAUAAAGCUGUGAUGAAAAGCUGUCCACAGGAUGAUCAGAAUGAAGAUUAUAUGUUCGACCCAAUUAAAAUGGCCAAAUUCAUGUAA